AUGUUUCCAUGGCGACGAAUUCGAUUGAUUCUCCUUGUUGUGUUGAUCUGUUUGCUCUUCUUGGCAUUCAUUAAUUAUUUCAGAGAGUUUUCUGCUUCCAGCCAACCAGAAUUAGCGACAAGUUUACUUCAUUUUAAUAAUUCUGGCCUACAUUGGGAUAGUUUACCGGUUCAUAGUAAAUUAUCAUCGAAUGAGAAGAUAGAAAUAAGUCAUCGUAUACAUGGAUUCUAUUAUGCAUGGUAUGAUGCACCACAAAAUUUAUCAAAUAAGUAUUCAUUAACGAGUAAUAAUAAUAAUAAUAAUAAUAAUAAUAAUAAUAAUAAUAAUAAUAAUAAUUGGACACACUGGAACCAUCCACGUUUAAGACAUUGGAAUGCAAAAGUUGCUAGCGGAUAUUCAACUGAAUCCCACUAUCCACCAUAUUUGAUUGCAUCAUCUUUCUUUCCAAAACUGGGACCAUAUUCAUCAAAAGAUAUUCAUAUUAUACGUAUUCAUAUGGAAAUGGCUAGAUUUGCUGGUAUUGGUGUCUUAGUUGUUUCAUGGUAUCCGCAUGGUAUGUCAGAUGAUAAUGGGAAGCCUGUAGAUGACUUGGUAUUACCAUUGUUGAAUAUAGCUAAUGAGUAUGGAAUAAAGGUUUGUUUACAUUUGGAGCCAUAUAAAAACCGUGAUGUGGGUACAAUUGUCAAAGAUUUAAAGUAUAUACAUACAAAGGAUUACACAACUCAUCCAGCCUAUUAUCGUUUACCUGUUAAUCACUUGGGAGACAAAGGGAAAGGUCAGUCACUACCUGUAUUCUAUGUCUACGACUCUUAUAGAAUACGGCCAUCAGAAUGGAAGAAGAUACUUCAACCUGAUUCCAGGACAAGUAUUAGAGAUAAACCGUACAAUGGAUUUCUGAUUGGAUUAUUACUUGGAGCCGGUGACUGUAAAACCCUUCAUGAAUCUGGAUUCAACGGUGGCUAUACUUAUUUUGUUGGUCAUAAGAUAUCCGAGGCUAGCUCACCUGAUGUGUGGAAUAACUUGCAAAAACAAUGUUCAAAGUAUAAUAUUGCAUUUUAUCCUAGUGUUGGUCCAGGAUAUCAUGAUUUAUCUGUUCGUCCAUGGAAUAGUGCAGCAAGUAAAUCACGUGAAUAUGGUUCAACAUACCUGAAAAUAUUUAACCAAGCAAUGACUAGUCAACCAAACGGUAUAGGGAUUGUAUCUUUCAAUGAAUGGCAUGAAGGGACACAAAUAGAACCAGCUAUACCUUUUAAAUGGGCUGGUUAUCUUACAGAAUCAAGGAUAUAUAUGGAUUAUUUACCGUAUACUCCAGAAUUCUAUUUACGUUUAACACGUUUACUUGUGAAUAAAUUUGAAAAAUUUAUACAUUUACCAAAAUAUUUUACAGAAACAGCCAGUGAAAAUGAACUUCAUCAUUUGUAUAAACUAGUGCGAUAUGAUAAUGAUAGCACAUAGAUGCUGUUAUCAAUUAAUUUGUAAAAAAACCAUAGUUUUUUUGUCAUGUUUAUAUGAUAUUUAAAAAAUUUAAAUA